GCGCCAUGUCUGGGUUUUGCUCCAGCUGCGGCGAGCCCGCCCGGCUGUGCCACUGCAAGGGCCGCCCGAGCCCGCCGAAUUGCACCUCCGGCUCCGGUCAGGCUGUAGGUCCUAGCCCGGGACGAGCCUCUGACCAGACCGGAGCCGGCCUUCCGGCGUGCAAGGGCUGCGGCAAGCCGGUGCAGGGCCGCACCAUCAGCGCCAUGGGCGGCGCCUACCACCCCGAGUGCUUCAAGUGCGCCGGCUGCGGCGGCGCCUUUGUCGACCGGGCGGCGGGCUUUGUGGAGCACGGCGGCUGCGCCUACCAUCGCGGCUGUUUCACGGCGCCCGCGCGCGCUUGCCACUUCUGCAGCCAGCCGCUCAUUGGCCAGGCGAUGAAGGCAGCGGGCGCUGAGUUCCACCCGCAGUGCCUGCCUCGCUGCGGUACUUGCGGCGUCUCGCUCGAGGCGGGCUGGUAUCACGACCCCUCCACCGAUGUGCGUUACUGCGCUGCCCACGCGCCCAGAGCGCCGGCGAGGGGCGGGCGGCGGGCUGGCAGCGGGACCGUGAGCGCCGCCGCCCUGCGCCUGCCUCGUCCGCCCGCCGUCGAGCAGCUCGACAUGCGUCACAUGCUUAAAUGGGCCGAGACGGCGGCGGCGCAGAGCGACCCGACGGUGCACAUCAUCGACUGGAGCCGCUCCUUUGCGGACGGCCGCGCCUUUCUCGCGAUCCUCCGCACCUACUUCCCAGAGGCGGUCGAUGCCAGCGUGCUCGCGUCCAGCGCGUGUGCCGGGGAGGGGUCGCGACUCCGCGCACCCGAGGUCCGCAGCGCCUGUGCGCACGCCUUUCGGCUAGCGGACGAGCUGGCGGGCGUGCCGCAGCUGCUCGACGAGGGCGACAUGGCCCGGAACUACCCGCUGCCCGACGAGAAGUCCGUCAUCACCUACGUGUGCACGCUGUGGGGCGGGCUGGCGCGGGCGGCCGAGCGGACGGAGGGCAAAGCGGGCGGCGUCUCGGCGAGUGCCUAGUCGAUAUACGUGCGGUGCAGUACAAGUGAAGUGGAGAAGAGGGAUCCAGGGAGCCAGUGGACCCGGGUGACUGUCACAGUGGUGCCACGGGUGUCGGGUCAGUCUCAGUGGACAGUGCCCGCGCACGCCGCAGAGCGCUGGAAGAGAGCUGUGUGAGCGGGUGGAUGAGCGCUCCUCGUGUUCCUUGUGUAUCUACAAAGAAAAA